UGAUAUAUAAGGGUGCAGAGGACUGCUGUGAGUUUAGUUACAGACGAAGAAAAGCAGCGUUUGUUUAGAGAAUAUCAGUGAAUAAUUCAACACCUAAAAGGGGUGGAGCGUGAGAUCUGCCUGCCUCCCUGUUUGUGCGUCUGUCCCGGACGAAGUGGGCGGUGGGGUGGCGUCACGUCAUAUCAGCCGCCUAGCUCUGAUUGGCUGCCGAUUCUCACCCGACACAGCUGUGAUUGUUUUCUGCAGAGGAAGCUCUCGUCGGUGGUAUGAGAGCAGGAAAACGAGGAGGGGGGAUCCUGGCUUAAAUCUGCUUGCCGAGGCGCGAAUGAACAGGAGAAGAGGAUUCUGCUUGGAGCUGACUCUGAAGACGUCUGGAGAUCAAGCUUUAAAGUGCCAAAUGCCUAGGCUGGAGGAGCAUUGUUGGAGCUGCUCCACUUCAUCAAAGACCGAAACUAAGCACCCAUCAUCUGGCGCAAACUGGUUGGCAUCCAGAGCUGAAGAGAUGAUGUCGAUCAUCACAUCGGUGCUCAGCAGUGCCUACAUCUCCCUGCACGACGUCCGAACGGCCAACCUGAUCCGCCGGGGUGUCGUCCUCUUCACGGUCGGAGUGUUCCUGGCCCUGGUGCUCAACUUGCUCCAGAUACAAAGAAAUGUUACCCUCUUCCCCGAGGAGGUGAUGACAACUUUGUUUUCGUCCGCAUGGUGGAUCCCACCUUGCUGCGGUACAGGAGCCGCUGUUAUCGGCCUGCUGUAUCCCUGUCUCGACAGCCACUUGGGAGAGCCGCACAAGUUCAAGAGGGAAUGGGCGAGCGUCAUGAGGUGUAUCGCUGUGUUCGUCGGUAUCAACCACGCCAGUGUUAAACUAGACUUCGACAACAACGUGCAGCUCUCCUUAACGCUAGCAGCCUUGUCCCUGGGUCUGUGGUGGACAUUCGACCGGUCCAGGAGCGGCUUCGGACUGGGCAUCACCACUGCCUUUUUAGCUACUGUGAUCACACAGCUGCUGGUCUACAAUGGAGUCUACCAGUACACAUCUCCAGACUUCUUGUAUGUACGCUCCUGGCUCCCGUGCAUAUUCUUCUCCGGCGGUGUUACUGUGGGUAACAUAGGACGCCAGCUAGCCAUGGGUGGUGUUGAGAAACCCCACAUGGACUGAUUGGUGGACGACCGGGCGAAGGGCAUCCGAGAAAAAAUGGAUACGUUCUGUGAGGAACGAGAAGAAUGAUGUGAGGAAAGAGACUCUUUGUCACGACCUCAUCUUUUGCUCAGAUGACAAAAGUGCAGGUCAGAAAAGCCCCUCAUCAAACGUGCCAUGUCCUCUGCACCUCUUCGCAGCCAAACAACCUCUUCCCACCUCUAUUGUGCUCCAUUAGCAUUAAGGCUUCCUUCACACUACACAGGCGGACAGCCCUUGCCUUUUUUGUGUGUGUGUGUCCUCAUUUGAAGUGAACAGGAGACUGGUUUAAUUUCAUGAAGUGGACGCGUGCUCUUGAGCGUGAUUGUAUCCUGGAAGUGGCAGAAAAGAUAUGAUGGGGUGCUAUGAUGUUUUCUUUUUUUUCAUUUUUGUAUGAUCAUAAAAGGGAAGUGUUGCUCUAGUGGGCAAAAUGAUGCCCGCUCGCUCGCACAAAGAGAUCUUCUUCUUUUUUUUUUUUUUUCAAUGUAGAAUCCCAAUGAAAUCAAAUUGAAGUAUUUAUUUUCCAAGCAUCCAGUGACCGCCGCCCCCAAACUAAAUGUAUGUAUGGUAAUGAAUGGUGUUAGUUCAAUGUCUUGGGAAAUAUUUGGGGAAACUGCUUUCUCAUCUUAUUCCCAGCAGGAAAGCAAAUCAUUUUCUGAUUUAUUAACACUUGAUUAUAAUACAUGAUUAAAGAAGGCGCCAAGAGUUGACUACCAAUUUAAACUUAUAUAUUCACAAACAGUGAAGAUCACUGAAGCACAAAAUUCAAGCUGCUUCAUUUUUAAAAAAAAUGGAAAUUAGUUGUUUUUGCCAGUGCAUAGUAUUAUUUUUAAUCAGUUAUCAAGCUUGUCUUUGCUCAGACAGAGAGGACUGUUUAAAGUAA